CUCUCUUUUACAUUUUUCUCGAUCAAAUUUUGUUAACCAUGGCUGACUUAGCCGUUGAUUUGGCAAAGCCAGUCCUUGAAAGAGUGAGAGACGGUAUCAUCGACCAUGUAUCCUACUCCCUUUUCGUGGGUGAUAGAGUAGGAGCCCUCAAGAGCCAGAUUGAGAUAUUGAAGGCCAAGCGGCGAGAUGUGGAGGAUAAGAUUAAAGUCGAUGAACCAGCGGGGAUGGUGGCGACAAUGGAAGCCGAAAGAUGGCUCAAGUCCGCUGCACAACUCGAAAAAGAAGCUGAAUCUAUCAUCAACGAGUACCGAAACAGAAGCUGCGUCCUCUGUUGCAAUUUCUCCAUCAAUCUUUGGUCUAACCACUCCAUCAGCAUGAAAGCAAUUGAUAGCAGGACCAAAGUGGUGGAUGAGCUGAGCAGUCUCACGAAUGUCCAAAUCACCAAGUAUCCCCCUCCGCCUGUGGGGCAGCUCGUGUCCACGAGCAGUACUCUCGGUGCAGAGACCGGAUCAGAGAUCGAGGCCAAAGUCGAGGUGGCGCUCGGCUUCCUCAGAAACAGCGCGGAAGGGAUGCUCGGUAUCUGGGGCAUGGGUGGUGUCGGGAAGACGACUGUGCUCAACCACGUCAACAACGUGUUGGCAAGAGACCCAUCAUCGGGGUUUCACCGCGUGAUUCUUGUCACUGCUUCUAGAGAAUGCACGGUUGAGAAGGUUCAAGCUCUCAUGGUUAAAGCUUUGAAGCUUCCUGAAUUAGGAGAUCACAAAAAUAAUAUCUUCAACUUCUUAAGUGACAAGAGCUUCGUCAUAUUACUGGACGAUCUAUGGGAGCGUGUGGAUCUCGAUCAGGUCGGUGUUCCACAUCUUGGCGCGUCUGGUGAGCUCAAGCAGAAGCUGAUACUGACGACGAGGUCACGUCAGGUGUGCGUGGACAUGCACGUUCUUCACACUAUAAAAGUUGAUUGUUUGGGCCGUGAAAAAGCUCGCCGUCUAUUUCGGGAGAAAGUUGGAGAAGAAGUCAUCAACUCUCAUCCUCUAAUUACUUCUAAGCUUGCGGACGAGGUCGCUGACGAGUGCGGCGGCCUUCCCAUAGCUCUCAUUACUAUUGCCCGAUCGAUGGCUCAUAAAAACCACGUCAGUGAUUGGAUGAACGCCAUCAGAGAUCUCCGUGAGUCAAAAAUCCCAGCGAUCUCACGUGCGGAUGAUCCUCUCCCACUUUUAAAAAUUAGUUAUGAUUAUCUAAAAUAUCCAUCAUUACAAGAGUGUCUCCUCCUUUGUGCCCUGUGGCCCGAAGAUGCCGACAUCCCAAUAGUGGAAAUCAUAGAAUGCUGGAUGGGGCAUGACUUAGUAGGCAAGUUUGAUACUGUUGGCGAGGCCUACGAAAAUGGGAGAAAGAUAAUCGAUAGCCUCGUGAAAGCCAGCUUACUGGAAAGGAAUGUGGACCCUUUUGUUACAGGUUCAGUGAGGCUUCAUGAUCUAAUUCGGGAUAUGGCGUUGUGGAUAUCACGAGACAACGGGGCAAAUGAGAGGAGGUGCGUGGUGCUUUCAGGAGUCGGGCCAGCUAAGGCGUUAGGGGACCAAAAAUCAAGGAAGGGUGCGCACAAAGUGUCGCUUACGCACAACUUUACGACCAGGUUGCCAUCCAACAUCCAGGGUGCACACAAUCUAAACACCUUGAUGCUCAAAGGAAACCGUCUUGGUUUUAAAGAGCUUGAGGUUGUCCGGAAUUUCCAUCAACUUAAAUAUUUGGACCUAUCUCGUAAUGGACUAGAUCACUUCCCACCUGCGGUAUGCCAGCUGAACAAAUUAGAAUAUCUUAACCUCUCAAAAAAUUUGAUCGCUAGUCUCCCUAUGGAACUGAAAGAACUUACGAUGUUAAAAUACCUGCUACUAGAGGCCAAUCUAAUCUCAGAGGUACCUAGCGAAUUAUUUUCUAGCCUACGUAGUUUGGAGGUGCUGAAGUUAGACAGCGCUAGAGUGGGGUCUCAAAGGUUGAUUGUUGACAAUAUGGACUCUUUGAAAGGGAGAUUGAAAGGUCUCAGCAUCAAUGCAUGCUCACAAACAGAUCUCGAUAAGCUAGGUCUAUUAUCCGUGCCCAUUUGGGACCUCCGUAGGCGUAUAGCAGAGGAGGAAGGUCCGGCCUCUCUCCAAUUAUUGCCUCGUCCAAACAGACCUAACGACCUCACCUGGUCAGAGUUGGACUCGUUGGCUAUGGUACAUUUUCGAAGUAAGAUUGAAGAACUAGUCAUCGACCAGUGCGACGGUUCAUUUCCUAACAAGCUAUUUGUUGGUUAUUUAUCUAAUUUAAAGGAGGUGGUAUGGAGGGGGGUGGACCAGAAUGAUGUGAUUCCCAGGCUUCGUGCCGUUAGUAUCUGGUCCUGUGAUAAAUUGCAACAUUUGAGCUGGCUCAUCAACCUACCACUCCUUGAAAUGCUGCACGUUAUAUCCUGCGAAAAUUUGAAGCAGGUGAUCACGAAAGAAGCAGAAGAAGAAAAAGAGAGAGCAGGUAACAAGCCAGCAGGUGUCGUUACGUUGUAUAGUCUCAGAGUCCUACGUUUGUUUGGUUUACCUGAGCUGGAAACCAUUUGUGAUUGCACCCUUCAUUUGCCAUCUCUGGAGGGUUUGGAAGUAACUCACUGUGAGAGGCUAAAGAAGCUUCCUUUCGACACACCUGCCUCCUGCAGAAAGCUAAAGGAGAUUAGAGCUGUUAAAGAGUGGUGGGAUGAUACUUUAAAAAUGGAUGAUGACAUGAGAACUCACCUCCAAUAUUAUUGUCACCUAUGGUAAUUAGAUCCUUAUGGAGGUUUAUACGUGAUCACCUUGUUAAUGUACAUGGUUGAUGGUGCUAAUUUUUAUUAUUCCUUCUCAUUCCAUCCAUCACGUAGUGAAUUAACAGCAAAUGUUAGCAACCAAGAUUUGCCCAAUGGAGUUCCUUCUGUACCUGUACCUAAUGGUAGCACAUCGGCCUACGUUAGCAACC